AUGGGGGCGAUAGUCACACGGAACCUGUUCAUUGGAAGCAGUAUUCUGACUAGUCACUUGCCCAGAUACCCUAAGGAUUUAAGUGCUGGGUGGCUGCAGCACGCCGCCGUGGCUUCGGAUGAUCGACAAAUCAACAAAGAAAAGGACAUCCAAACUGCGCCACCAGAAAUUGAAAUUCAAGAGUUGGCUGAGCUGUUAGCCUAUCACGACCCUGUUACCCCUAUACCCCGACUUGUGCUCGAAACUGCUGCCUAG